CGGACCUGUGUGAGCAGUUUGUGUCGGAGAGGCGGAGGGAGCAACAUCAACGUGGAGCCUUUGAGCAUCACAGACAUUCACCGCAACGAUAAAACUGAAAUAACGUGACUAUUCUCGAAAGAUAUUUUUUAGAAAAACGUCCUCUCACCGGUUUUAUACGAUAUCUUUGUGUUAUUUUUUUGUACUGGAGGGGAACGGCGAGCGAGGCUUCACUGCGGCUAAUCAAUUUUCCUCUUCCAGACCUGGGAAUUACAAUGAAAAAUGUAGGUGACACAUUUCGUUUCACAAACCAGGACUCACAAUAGCGAAGACGGCGAAGAAGAAAGCAGUGUGGACGCUGCUGAUGUGAACCUGUGAGAGGCAGAAAGACUUUGAAUCUCUACAGGAGCGCCCCGGCACCACAUGGAGGUUUUCCAGAGGAUUGUCUCGGCUGCUUUCAAAGCCUAGACUCCUCACAGACUAUACUCGCUCCUUUUCCACUAUUUGUACUUUCUCCUAAACGCACCCCUUCCCUUCUUGUCUGCUGUUUUUGUUCUAAGCAAGACCAAAACCACGUGCCAAACCGACUGUGUCAAGAGAAGAAGCAAAACAAAUCCAGAAACCCACCGUCACAAAAGCAUCAUACGAAGAGAUUAUUCAGUCAUUUAGCUUUGAUUUAGAGUACAGCCCUUCCCAUUAAAAUCCCAUUAAACCCAAACACAUCCAUCACAGCACAUCGAAGAGAUAUUUUAACAGACUUUAUAUAUCAUUUGUCUUCGGUCCGUGUUUGCAUAGCUGCCGCUCUUAAUGCUGAACCUGAGAGACGGCGAUCGGUGCAUUAUUGGUUCAAAGUGCUUUAUAAACGGACCCUCCUGCUUGUGUGUUGCAGAAGGAAAGCAGCGAUAGCUCCGCUCCGACGGCGCCUGAACACUUUUAAAGCUUGGGCAGGACGGGGUUUGACUGACGGGCGAAACAAGCCGCGUCAAACCUGAUAAAUAUAGGCUCCACUAGCACCGCCAUCACCGCUGCUAUCUCAAAGGCUCGGAGAUACCUCUCGUCUCAGUCCGCGCUGUGAAACGCUGUCGACACUUUGCCUAUCUCCUUCUUCCAGUCGCUUACACGAGAGAGGCCUCUCGCUCUUUGUUGUCUUCUGUUUCUUCCACACUGAAAAACCCCCUUUAUCUUAUCCCAGACCUCUUCUUCCUCUUAUUCUACUAAAAAAAACAACAAAAAACAUGCAACUUAAAACCUUUCACUGUAUUCACAUUGAUCGUGGAAGUUUCUAAGAACAUAACCUGAAGCCAUACCGAACACCAGCCAUACAAAUACUUUACUCAUUUACAAAAACACCUCACGAUGUUUGAGAUUCCUUCAACUAAGUGAUCUUCGAACACAUCAGUGCACAUUCAGGGAGUCAAUGAAGAAAGUGUUUUGUUUCCUACCCCGUGUCUUAAAUAGAUCGCUUUUAAAUCUGUGAGCGUGGCAGCGACCGCGUCCAGUGCCCGUCGCCGAGUUCCCGCCGUCGCCCCGUGUUCCACUGUGCUGACGGAUGAAUCCGGACAUUUUCAUGUCUGUUCUGUGGGCAGAACCUCGCUGCCCUGCUAGAACCGGGCCCAAGCCCUCCUUCGUUCUCUUCUGUUGGGCCAAGCUAAAUUCAGAGCAAAGACACUCACACAAGGGUAUCGAACGCACAUAGAUCCUCUUUUUAUUUCUCUCUUUUUGUCACCACCUUCUCGCUAGAUCACUCUUUCGUGAAUGCCUUCACAUGCUCAUUUAUUGAACACACUUCUAGCAACUGCUGGACGUUUUUUCUUAAAGAUUUAACACUACUUAAUGUUCAUUUAUCAGCUUUAUUAGUCUGUCCACAACUUAUAAAUUCACAAUUCUACUAGUGUUUAACCCAACAUUUCAAGCAUAUUCACCUUUAUCGAUUCUCUUCAUCUAAACUUAAUGAAAAAGAGUUUGUUUAUUGACAAAUUGUAAGCAUAGUUUAUCAAAAUACAAAUUAAAGUCACGGCUUGUGCCAAAUUCAGACUAACUUCUGCUGAGAUCUCUUAAGCUGCUGCUGUUGUUUACAGACACCAGACAAACAGAGCUCCAUAUUUGAUUAGAUUUUUUAAAACAAACCUUUUCCCAUGUAUGAUUUCACAUAACAGUUAUACACGCAGGACAACAGAAGUGCCAAACUCAAACAGGAGAACAUCCAACGUCUGUUAAAGCUCAUCAAAAAUAAAGUUUACAUACAGCGCUAAAUGUUUACAGACUACACUUUCCAUACGUGAAUCGUUACUUAAACCGUGCCAUAAACGACUACAAGAAAACUCUCCAGUAGGAAAUACAUCAGACUCUUUUUCGAAAGAGGUCUAGUAUUAAAAGAGUUUACUCAUUUUGUUUACAGUAAAAAUAAUUACUGCCUAUUUUAAAGAUUUGAAUUUUGGCCUAGAGACUGUAAAAACUGACAGACCAAACUUUAAUAUCCAACACCUGCUGCCAUAAAAACAAACCACAUUAUUCUAUAUUUAUAAUCAGUUGAAGUGUUCGUUUCAAUUGAUUAUAACAGAACAGAACGUUCAUAUAGGGCCUAAAAACUCUGAAAGACCUCAAUGUUUACAAAAGCUGCUUAAGGAAAGGAUUUGUAUUCAGAGAGAAAUGUUUACAUUAAGCUGAAAGAGUGAAAUGCCAAACACCUUCAUCGUACAUUGCUUGAACUGAGUGAAUCUCGAAGAGGAACCUUUGCUCCUGUGCAGUGUGGACUGAACAAGAAGGAAAUACUUCAUCAGACUUUUCAUACUCAAGCUUUUUAUAAAGAAAGAGGACCCUGAAAACACACCAGGAGCUGUUUAUGUCAUUUCUUUUUUUAACAGCCGCUCAAGAACUUUGUUUUGAUAAAACAAUGAACGCUACUACUCAAAAAGGGAUGUUUUGCCUGUCCCUUCUGCUUUGCUCUUGCCUCAGUGUCUCCACGGUAACCGUCACCAAGGAGCGCCGCGCGGUUGACAGCGAUGUCAGGACUCUGACCGGCGGCAGUAGCUCUGCUGCGGCUGGGAAAAGGAGCCCCACCCUGUUCCUCCUGACGGGCUACAAGCCGCCGCUCCCCCCUCUUCCUGCCGGGCCCAAAGUGGCGCCCAAAGCGGCCGAGGUAGAGGACGGAGAUGACCCGCCAGUCGUGGCCGAGCUACCUCCAAAGCCCCUCCCUCAGACCAUGUUGCCGAGGAACAUGACGGCCAACGCCCUGAGGCCUCCGCUCGGCGCCGCCCAAGUGGCUCCGCCUCCCAGACAGCUGGUGGAUGUGGACGAGUGCAGGGGUUACUACGACGUGAUGGGGCACUUUGACAAGAACUUCAACUGCUCCAAGGGCAGCUACAUCUACUGCUGCGGGACCUGCCACUACCGCUUCUGCUGCGAGCACCAGAGGAGCCGGCUGGACCAGGGGUCCUGCAACAACUACAAGGCCCCGCCGUGGGCCGAGCCGCAGGUGACCGCCACCGUGAACUCCGACACCAAGCGAGACCCGGACUUUGAGACGCUGCAGCAGCAGAACAGCAGUACGGCGUAUGUGAUUGGAGGUGUGAUCUCCUUCACGCUGGUGGUGGCCGUGGGCGUCCGGAUCGCCUUCAGCAAGGUGGCACGGCGACCCCGCAACAGAGACAUCAACAUGCCCAGAUCUCUGGUGGACAUCUUGCGUCACCAGUCGAGCCCGGUGCAGCAGGGAGAGAGGAACAACUCCACGGGGUUGACCACCAACUUAGACGGACGGACGUCUAAAAACCUCUACACCCCCAUCCUGCAGGGCAAAGACAACCGCACUGGGAACUUGCACCACCAUUUUAACCAGCAGGGGUCUGCCUCCAGCCCCAAACACACGGCCACCAUCGAGCGUGGGGCCCGUAUGAACAACACCUCCCAGCUCUCCUCCGGACCCUCCCUGCUGUCAGGUAGUGGUAAAGGUCCCGACAGGGGCGGCAGCAGCAUGGGAGGGAGCAUGAGGCACAACAGCAGCCACCCGUCCUUCUCCCACUCCUUCCACAACCUCGCCCAGCUGCCGCCGUCCUAUGAGGCCGCCAUGAAACCCGAGAUCAGCCGCUACAGCUCGCUGAAGAGGCUGGAGAAAGAACUUGACGAGUACUCGAGCUACUACAACUCCAAGCGUCGCUCCAACAACGGCCCGCCCUCCUUCUACUCCUCGCAGCACCACCUGCCCUUCGGAGGCGAGUAUACGCUGGGUUCUUCUCGGGGCACGCUGCCUCUCCACGGCUCCCGGCCCCGCCUCCACAUCCCGGCCUCCACCCCCAACCCGUACCCGCUGCCCGCCCAGACGCACUACACCAGCUCCUCCUUCGACAGGCCGCCGCGCCGCGUCCGCUCCCAGGACCAGCUGCUCGCUUUAGGGGAGGGCAACACGCUGUCCCGCCUCUCCAAGAACCAGCAGCACCAGUACUACAAAGCCAUGAUGAGCAGCAGCAGCAGCAGGGGCUCCAACUCACAGACGCUCCGCAGGUCCCACGAGAGGCUUCUGGUGUCACCUGACCGUCUGGAGGACCGGCUGAUGAUGGGCAUGAUGGUCGGGGGGGGAGGUGAGAGGAGCGGCAUGGUGCCCACCAUGGGCCGGCUCAGCCACAAGGCCCAGUCGCAGCAGAACAUCUGCGUCACGCCGUCCAUGGAGCGCCACCACAUGAUCAAGAUGAACUCCCACCCCACGUCGGGCCACGACCACGAUCGCGAGCGGGACCGGGAACGUGACCGGGACCGUGACCGUAGCUCCGCCCCCAUGUCGGGGAUGGGCAUGCACGGCGGCUGGGACCCCCACGGCGGGGGCGGAGGUGGCCACCCCAACUCCCGGCGGAUGGCCUUCGCCAACAAGAGGCAGAACACCAUCGAGCAGCUGCACUACAUCCCCGGAGGCGGAGGAGUGCAGGGACUGCGGACUGGGAGUAAGAACGAGGUGACAGUGUGAGAGGAAGAGGGAGGAGCAGAGAGAGGAAGAUGAGAGUAGAGAGGUGAAGCUGAAAAGAAGCUGAAGAGGCUUUUAGUGGAGAGAUGAGCAGGAGGAAAGAGGUUUGAUCUCAGCUGGCUGCCUCACGGGGCUGAACAAAUAGCCCCCCCCCCCUUUCCCUUCAUAAAACUAAAAGUGGUGGAUGACAUCACUAAUCUCACACUGAGUAUAGCCAAUUGAUUAUCUCACCCUCGUCACCUUGUGUGUUGAAAAAGAGAAUAUUCAGCCAUUCUUUUGAAAAGGGAAGACAGAAAUGUCGACUAAAAAGAGCAAAAAAUAUCACCUGAAUGCAGCGUAAAGGCUGCCGGGUAUUCGCUGUGACUUUUAUUGAAGGAUACCAGCAGAGUGAAAUUUGUUGAAUUGUCCUUGAGUUUUAUUGCACUGUCCUCCGAGUCCUCGAGCUCCGACAGAUUCAUCUGUCUUUGAAUCCACCGCGGAUGAUGGAGAGCGCUGAGCCGGAGACAGACGGGUUGCUUGUCCUUUGUAUUUAUGAAAAGUAUUUAAAAACCAAACAAGUUGCUUUUGUAUGAAAUGAACCUGAUGAUAUUAAUAGUACUAACGUUACUGAGCCAUGUAAGACUUUGUGUAUACUUGGUUUUGUCAAUCCUUUAGCAGGCCAGUUUAUAACCUUUCGGCUGGUUAUGUGAACUUUCUUCCCUAGUUGUGAUUGGACUAUCAUUAAAGGAAAACAUUCUCUGCAACACAAAUGUAACCAAGAACAGUUAGACUGCCUUUAUGGCUCUAUUUAACCUACAUACAAUCCAAUCAUUUGGAUUAAAAAAAAAAUAAAGACCUACACUGAUUCAAGGCCCGGUCACAGCAGCAUUUAAACAGCAAAAUAUAUUGGCAAAAUUAAAUGAUUUUGGCGAAAUUGCUCAAAUUAACAUAAAGAAAUGUUUGACCUUAUUGUCCUGUUUGUGGCCGAGCUAACAAGCUGGCCGUUAGCAAAAACCUGGCGAUAUCAGAAACCUUUUUUUACCCUCUUCAAUCAAAUAAUUGACUGAAUUGACCCAGCUCAGAAAAAAAGGAAGCUAGCUCUAGUUCUCCCUGCUUGCUAGCGUGUUCGUUAGCUUGUUAUCCCGUUAUCUACUGUAGUUCACCAACUAGGCCUGCGAGUGUUCACUAUGUCACCACGUUUUUUUAACUAAGACAUGCAGAUUAACAUUGCUACUGCACCACUUUAUAGAAUGGCCGGGCCUUCAAAGUAAAAUCCACUCUGCAGUAUGGUUUUAGCUUAACUUUGUACAGUGAAUUCUAGUGGGUGUAUAUCAUCAAUUAAACAUUGUUCUGUGACCCUUUGCGUAACGAUUAGUUUAAAUGAAAAAAAACGGUUUUGGAAUAAGACCGCUCUCAAAGAUUGACUAUCCUCAUGCAGACUGUGGCGGACCCUCUAACACUGUUUAAAAACGUCUCAUUGUGAGUUUCAAGGGUUUCUUUGUGCCACUGACCGGCUUCGAUCGCCACAUGUCACCUGCAAGUUGAGCUGCUCUCCUCGUAUGAAGGGAAGGGGGGGGGGGGGCAGAUGGGUUUCGGAGCGGGACAAUGGACACUUCACACCAAGGGCUAUACCGAAUUAUCUUUGUGUGUCUGUGCUCUUUACAGUGUCUGCUUCUCAUUUCCAUUUUGUCCAUGUCGGCAGGCAUGCUUGUGCACAUUAUUUUUUGUUCCCGUGUAGAAAGAAAAUAUAUAAACAUGCAAGGUAUUUCUGUAAAGCAAAUGAACUCGAUGUAAAAAACACACGACCAUGAUUACAUUUUUCUGUCGCGGGAGGACAUGUUGGCCAUGAUGUCAUAUUUUGUACUUUUUCUUUCUGGCUGUGAGACGGACCUUCUUGCCUUCCAGGCUGGAUCUCCCCUUUACGGGUUUUAAGGGACUCAUGAGGCCUUGUCUAAGGUUUUCAGCUUCCCCCUCGAUAAAGACAGACAUGAUUGAUUACUGAGCGACGCUUCUUGCCAGCCAUUUUUAAGUAUUUUCCUACGACACACGUGCUCAUGUUGAUGGUUUAUGAUCAUACAUGUAAGGAUUCCCCCUUGAUCAGACGACGAACGCUCUUAUCAUGAUUUCUUUCAUUUAUUUAUUUGAACAUGUAUUUUUUUCUUCUUUUUUUUUCUGUGAAUUUCAAUGCGUAAUCCUGGAUUUUCAAUAUUCAAACUUUCUUAGUGGAAUUAAGAAGAAAAAAAACAUUUGUGUUAUCCAGAACAAAAAGAGCUGAUGCAAUCAAAAAGAGAAAAGACGAACCGCAUGACGAUGUCAAAAGCCAGUGUUGAUGAUGUCAUAGUGCUGACUUAUGAUGUCACGGCGUGUAUGUGUGUAAAUGUACAUGCGUCUGUUUUAAUUUGUGUGCCCGUGUGUGUAACUCUCUCAGUGUCUUCUUCUUCUUAGGAAUGCAGAACCUCAUUUUUGACCAAACGUUCGGGUCGUGUCUUCAGCUCACGAGGACGAUUUAAAGACCCGGGUUUACGUGUUCAUAUCAACUUGUGAUGAAAUUUGAAAAAAGGCCUGUCGUCAUUUAGCUAAAAGGAAGAAACAAAAGGGACAUUGAUCAAUCACAGCUUUUUUCUUGUCGAGCUACGUUCACCAAAGCGAGGACUUUUAAAACGUUUGUAAAUUAUCGAAGGCCUAUAUUGUGUCAAGUUUUUUGGUAUUUGAUUAGAAGUGAAACGGCCGUCACUCGGCUGAUGAGUUUGUGUCGCUGCUAAAUAUGUAUCUGCAAAAAGUGAUUUGUUUUCCAUGAACAAGCUGCUCAUUUGUGCUCAUUUUAACAGAACUUUCGGGGUACAAGAGCUGGAAAUACAGUAUUAGGAGCGAGUUAGAGUUGUUGAUAAAGUGGGUCGUGGGGGAGAAUGUAUUCCGUUUGGCUGACAGGACUGGAGAGGCCCUGUGGUUUUUACAACGUAAACAUCUCAUUAACUUUUAAAAGAGAAAGAGGCAAAGAAGGGGGGGAAAUGUAAAUGACACGUGACAUUCAGUUGUAUUUUUAAUGUCUCAUCCUUCCUCAUACCUUCUGAUUCAGAUGUUGUUAUCCACGUUUAGUUAAUUGCUCCCCUGAUGAUUAAACCGUGUGCCUGUACGUGUGUAUGCACAGUUGUGAGUGUGUGAGUGUGUUCACCACUGGGAGGGGGAGGCAUGGGCAUAUUUGUAUUCUCAAAGCUACUCUGCAUACCUCAAAUUGUAUGAUACAUUUAUUUAUUACAUACCCUUAUAUGUCUAUUUCCAAGAAUAUCCAAACAAAGGUCUCACAGAUGUGCAACCCUUUUGUUAACGGUGAUCAAUUCUUGAGUUUGUAGGAACCAUACUGUUUAAUUGAUAAUAACAAUAAAAAAAUAUCCCACUAAACCUUGUUUUCUGUUUUAUUUGCUGCAAUGUGCCUCUUUAGCUUUCAGGCACACAUUUGGAGGUUUUAAAGUUCAAAGGAAGU